UGUGUAUUUCCACUUAUCCAUUGAAAGGCGCUCUGCAAAGUCAAUCCAAACUCUUAUUGAGUCAAUAUUUUUCCAAUGAUCUUCGCCAUUCAACAUUGAUACAUAUUUAAACAUGAGAUUAUCUUACAGACGUGGACGAUGGAUCAGUACCAUUGGUAUUGUGUCACAUGCUCCAGCGUGAUUGUAAUCAUCCACCAUUACUUGCUCUUUCACCCACUUUUCAACCUCAUUUCUACGAUGCCUCAGAAAUAUCUCCCGACCAAAGGCCAAGCUAUUUUUGUGCACCCAAUAUAUUUUCACGGUCUCGUAAAGAAAGCAUUAAAUUAGAUGAAGAACCAGAAGAACCCAAGUUGACUGUUUUAACGAAGCAACACAAGAAUGCAAUAAGAUCCCUUCGAAAGAUAAAAUAUUUCGUUGCUCGACGCAAGUUCAAGGAAGCUCUUAAACCUUAUGAUGUUAAAGAUGUUAUUGAACAAUACUCAGCUGGUCAUGUUGAUUUAUUGGCAAGAACAAAGAAUAUCCAAGCAAGGUUGGACGUCAUUUUGGGUAAAGUUGGUUCCAAAGCCAUUGAUGCCUAUGAAUCUAAAAUGAGUUUAGCUUCAAGGAUUGUUAAAGUUGAGCGAACGGUUGAAGACGUUGAGAAUAAAGUUGAUCAACUAUUGGAAAUGUACUUGGAAGAUCGAUGUAACUUUCAAGCUCUUUCAACAAUCUUAAUCAAUAACCGAUCAACGGGGCCACCAAGUUCAUCAUCUUUAACAAUCAAUCAAAACUCCUAUCCACAACCACCCACAACCAAUUAUACUCAACAACAACAGCAACAACAACAACAACACUAUUCACAUUGUGCUCAAGAAAUUACCUCACCAACACCACCUUGUCUAAUGGGUGCAACUGCAUCACCAAGUCCACUCAUUGGACUCUCAACUCCACCUGGAGCCUCACCCUUGCCCCAUCCAACAAGCCUACUCUCCUCAGCCUCGGGUCCGUACACAUUUUCACCUUAUCCUGGUGGACCUGCCGGUGGUACCAUUUACUCUCAUCCUACUGGUGCUCCAAUCACUUUUGUAACCCGUCCUAAGCCCAUUCUGGUGGACAAACAAUCCUCUGAACCCAAUACUCCAGUUUCCAAAAAUUUUGACCGUCCAAUGACCCGAGGCAACUCUGACCUUUCUCAAAGGUUUGUCAAGAAACGGGUCACUCUUCGUCAUUCCCUGGAUACCUGUACACCAGCCUCUUCACACCGAUCAGGAUCAACUGGUACCGAGGGUACAUCAAGUGGUCUCACUGGUUCCCAUUGGUCUCGAGGUCUUGUCUCUUCUGUUAUAACCUCAACCUCUUCCCCAUCAGCCUUUGAUCAAGUCUACCCUAGGCGUACAAUUAAAUCUGAAUCUUCACUGGGCUGCAUCAUUCAUCCUUCCACUUCUUCGACCACUCCUUCAAUCAUCAUUGGACCUGAAGGAGGUGAACCCCCGAUAUCACCUUCAUCUUCCUCUUCGACAACUUACCUUCUUUUGAGCCGUCGCGAUUCAAAUUACGAUAGAGAUUCAAUUUCCACUCAAAUGUCCUCCAUAGAUUCAACUGAGCCAGAUGUUCCACAUGAACCAUGUACUCUGGUUACCUCAGAGGUAGCAUCUUUAUCUGACUCGGAAUAUGGUCAAUUGCCUUCAGGAACAUUUGAAUCAAUUAGAGAAGCCUCGCCAAUUCCAGGACAAGAAUCAAGUUACCAUUAUCAACCCUUUCACCAGCCAAGCCAAUAUCAUCAACAGCAAAAGCCAACAACAUCUACCAGUCAAUUUUCAUCAACUGACCAGCCAACAGGUCAAGGAACGGUCAGAGUAACAUCAUCAAUACCUUCAUCAUCAUCAUCAUCAUCAAGAGUCAAUAUGUAUCUUCCCUCAACUGGAAUGGACAACAGUGAAGCCAAUAUAAAUAAUAGGACAAUAAAUUCCAAUAACAAUAAUACAAGCAACAAUAAUAAUGCUAAUAAUAAAAAUUAUGACAAUAAUAAUAACAAAGAGUACAGAAGCAGUAGUUUGAGAUUGAGUAAAGAGUCCAUUGAAAAAGAUGGUGAAUCUGAUUGUGAUAUAAGUACGUCAACAGUGAUCCACAAAGAUACAGACUCGUUGAUCAAAAGUGCAACCUCAAUGGGAUCAACUUCAUCGGUUGACUCCAAGGCUUUACCUUCGCCUGGAACCACAUCAAGUCCAAUGCCAACCUCAAGCUCAACCUCAACCUACAGAUAUCACCAUCCACACCACUACCAUCAUGUAUCCCAUCGUCGACACCGUCAAGCACCAUAUCCACCAACAGUUGUACCAAUAUCACCCUCAGUCUCACCCCUGUUUCCCUCAUCACUCUCACCCAAUCCACCCUCAAGUCCGGUAUCACUAAGUCCUUCACCAACACCUCUGGUUCAGCCAACCUUAAUGCAACCCUCAACCUCAGGCAACCUUUUACCUUCAAGCUCACCACGAAGCCAGUCAAGCCCAAGCUCAACAUCAUCAUCAAGCGGAGCUUUACCAACAACCGUCAUCUUUAAAGCAAGCAAAUCAAAAGAAUCAAAAGACGACCUUUGACCCCUCCACACAGUCCAUAGCUCAUUGACC